AUGGGAAGCACAUACUUCAAGGGAGGACGGCUGGGAAGCGGAAGAUGUGGGUCAUCCAGGAAGGGGAAGAAGGAGAAGUCAAAGCAACCCCAGAGAGGACUCGGGGUGGCUCAGCUGGAGCAGAUGAGACUGCAGAGUCAAAUGGAGGAAUAUGUUUCGUCGCUCGACUCCCCAUUCUGCAGCGAUCUCAACAUGCCGGAAGACUCGAGAGUGGAAAUGGCAUUCUCAUCGCCUCCCUCGUCACCAUCCGGUAUCGUUCCAGGGCCUUCGUUUGCGCUUCAUCCCAACAUGAUGAUGGAUUAUCAUGGAGACGCCGGAAGAACAAGUUUCACUGGUGGCGAACGCUGGUUGGGUACUUGGGCAAGAUCGCAUCUGAGUCAAGGAGGCAUGUCUUCAUCGCACUGCUACUCGCCGCCAACCGUGACAUUGCCGCUCUUCGAAGAAACCACCACUGAGGACUCAGCACAGGAGAAUAGACGGCAUGAUCAAAACCUUUCGAUAAGCUCGAUCAGCCAGAAUUCUGAUCCGGACGAUGCACGACAAGUAGUAGACUUGGAGCUUAGACUAUGACUCUAAAUACUUGCAUGGAUGACCUCCUUCCUGUUCAUGCUCUUACUGUAUAUUCUGCAGAAAAAGAAGAGAAAGAUUAUUGUAGGGUAUCCACAAAGGCAAAAUUUUGAUGUCAUCUUCGUGUAUUGGUCUUGCAUGAGACACCAUGAAGCACAGAUCUAAUAUGAGGUCAUCUUUGGUUUUAAUGAAUCGGAGAUGGUUGAGGCUUUCUCUAUCUUUGGUUAGCAGAUAACAAGAAA